AUGCUACUCGACAUCAACCGCAAGCUCUUUGCGCGCUCCGAUCGCGUAAAGGCAGUCGACUUCCAUCCGACGGAACCAUGGCUCCUGGCUGGCUUGUACAGCGGCCAAGUCAACAUCUGGAACUAUGAGACGGGAGCACUCCUCAAGACCUUCGAGGUCGCAGAGGUUCCCGUCCGAUGCGUCAAAUUCAUUGCUAGGAACAACUGGUUCGUCGCCGGCAGUGACGACUUCCAUCUGCGAUGCUUCAACUACAAUACGCAUGACAAGGUGGCUGCCUUUGAGGCUCACCCAGACUAUAUCAGGUGCAUGGCUGUCCACCCUACCGCAUCGUACCUCGUCACCGGCAGCGACGACAUGACCAUCAGACUAUGGGACUUUGACAAGAACUGGAAGCACGUGCAGACGUUCGAGGGCCACACGCACUACAUCAUGAACCUCGCCUUCAACCCCAAGGAUUCCAAUACCUUUGCCUCAUCCUGCCUCGACCGAACAGUCAAGAUUUGGACGCUCGGCUCCAACCAAGCAAACUUCACCCUCGAAGCCCACGACAAGGGUGUCAACUACGUCGACUAUUACCACGGCGGUGACAAGCCCUACCUCCUCACCUGUGGAGACGACCGCACCAUCAAGGUAUGGGACUACAUCUCCAAGUCGUGCGUCCAGACGCUUGGCGGGCACACAUCCAAUGUCAGCUACGCCGUCUUCCACCCAAGCCUGCCUCUCAUCGUCUCGGGUUCCGAGGAUGGGACGGUCAAGCUUUGGCAUGCAAACACGUACCGUCUUGAGUCGACGCUAGACUAUGGACUGGAGCGAGCAUGGUGUGUGGCCUACCGCCGCAAGGGCAACGAUAUCGGUCUUGGAUUCGACCACGGUGCCGUUGUUGUCAAGCUCGGCAAGGAGGAGCCGAGCGUCAGCAUGGAUGGGUCCGGGAAAGUCGUUUGGGCAAAGGGGGCAGAAGUGGCUGCAGCCAACGUCGCCGCCGUUGAGUCACCCGAGUCCCUUGUGGAUGGAGCUCGUGUGGCUGUACCUCAUCGCGAAAUGGGCACCACCGAAGUCUUCCCGCAAACCCUCCAGCAUUCCCCGAAUGGCCGCUUCGUAUCCGUAUGCGGUGAUGGCGAGUUCAUCAUCUACACUGCGCUGGCGUGGAGGAAUAAAGCCUUUGGACCCGGGUUGAGCUUCGCAUGGGCGCCGGACAGCAACACGUAUGCGGUACGAGAAGCGGGCGGAAAUGUCAAAGUGUUCCGCAACUUCAAGGAGCGCUCUGGUCUUGUCAACCCAGGCUUCAAGGCCGAAGACGUGAAAGGUGGCGCCCUCCUCGGUGUCAUCGGCCAGGGCUUCGUCUGCUUCUACGACUGGGAAUCGGGCGCGCUUGUUCGACGCAUCGACGUCGAGGCCAAGGACGUGCACUGGUCCAGCACCAACGAGCUCGUAGCAAUCACCAGCGACGAUUCCUUCUACAUCCUGCGUUUCGAUCGUGCAGCAUACGAUGCAUACCUCGAGGCUGGAGAUUUGGAUGACGAGCAAGGAGCGGAGGAUUCAUUCGACGUCAUCACCGAGAUCUCAGAAAGCGUACGCACGGCCAAGUGGACCGGAGAAUGCUUCGUCUACACCAACGCAAAUCACCGCAUUCAGUAUCUCGUGGGCGAGCAGACGCAUACGAUCAACCACACGGAUGCGGAGCUCUACUUGCUUGGCUACCUGCCACAGCACGGCAGAGUUUACCUGGUGGACAAGGACCUCACCGUCUACUCCUACUCCCUCUCCCUCGCGGUCAUCGAGUACCAAACCGCCAUCCUCCGCAGCGACUUUGACGAAGCAGCCACGAUCCUGGACCGCGUACCAGCAGAGCAGCGCAACCGCAUUGCCCGCUUCCUCGAGUCUCAAGGGCAAGAGAAGCUGGCACUGCAAGUCAGCACUGACCCUGACCAUCGCUUUGACCUGGCAGUAGGGAUGGACGACUUCGACACGGCGCUAGAGAUUGCACGUAACGCGCCUGGAGCUGGGACGGCUGUUGCUGGUGGGGAGAGCAGAUGGAGAACGAUUGGAGACGCAGCGCUUUCCAAGUGGAAUCUGCCCCUUGCAGAAGAGUGCUUCACGAGAGCAGAGGAUCUUCCGGCCCUGCUUCUGCUUGCAACUACCAAGAGCGACGCAACACUGCUAUCCAAAUUGGCAGAGCAAGCAGCCGCUCGCGGCGCUACGAACAUUGCCUUUGCUGCCCGCCUUCAGCUCGGCGACGUACACGGCUGUAUCGAGCUCCUGGCAUCGGCAGAUCGACUUCCCGAGGCGGCCAUCUUUGCUCGCACGUACGCGCCUAGCGCUGUGAGUGGGAUUGUGAAGAGGUGGAAGGCUAGCGUGGGUGGGAAGAGCAAGCGACCGAAGCAGAGGGCCAUUGCGGCUAGCAUUGCCGAUCCAGAGGUAGACGAGGAGGCGUUCGAGGAGGGGUGGGCGGAUGCACUUAGCCUUGAGAGGGAGGCGCAAGCGGCAUAA